UACAGGUCGAGAGAUGUGUGUACGUACUAGGCCUAGUUCUGCAUUUUUUUAUUACAUUUCCCCCAAGUUUAAUCUUUGGCAUUGCGAAGCGGUUAUUGGACGUCCCUACAUUCUGUAAACGCUAGUAGAAUCUAAGUAAUUGGAACCAGAAUUGAACAGGACUAAGUUUAACGAUUUUGUCAACUGUCGUCAACUUCAUUUCAACAAUUUCCAAAGACAAAGGUCAAAGUCUGGUCUGACUGUCAACUUCGACUGAGCUUAUUCUGCACUGCUGCUAUUUUGUCCUGGCUAAGUAACUUGUUUAACUAAGUUAGAGCAAACUGAACUUCUGACCAUGGGGCGUAAAAGUGCAAAAGGAAAAGAAAAGAAGAUGAAAAGAAAAGAGGAGCAAGCCAGAAUAGCAGCUGCUAUGGUUGUGGUUGAUGCAGCUAAAAAACUUGAAGAUCCAAUGCAAGACUUAGCUCCAUUCAAGAAAUAUAAAGAUCUUGAUCUGACCAUUGAAUGCAAGAAGGUUACUGAACUGGAGAAGGAUGUCACAGACUGGGUAUUCAGUCUAGUCAAGACCAACAUGCAAUCAUUGUAUGAAGACAGUGACUGGGGAUGGAAAGAACGAGAGAAAAAAGAAGAGUUGUUAGAUGAACAAGCCCAAUAUUUGAUUGCAAGAACAGCAGACGAUCAGUUAGUUGGAUUCUGCCAUUUUAGAUUUGAUUUAGACUUUGAAGAUGAAGUCAUUUAUUGCUAUGAGAUACAGCUUACACCUGAAGUGAGGAGAAAAGGUCUUGGUAAAUUUCUCAUGCAGAUAUUAGAGCUUCUUGCAUUCAGAACCAAGAUGAAAAAGGUAAUGGUUACAGUCUUCAAGAACAAUAUUGUUGCAACAAAUUUCUUCAAGAAAGUACUCAAUUAUGAGAUAGACGAGACGUCUCCCAGCAUCUAUGACCCAAUGAACCCUGAAGAGUACUGCUAUGAGAUUAUGAGUAAAACAAUCAAACCAAAGAAAGUCACCAAACCAGUCAAGCCUCAAGGUUAUCUAGCCAGUGGACGGGAGCUCUUAAUGUAAUGAAAAGAAAUUGUAGAAGUAGUAAGUCAUGGUAUGCUGCACUCAUUUGGCCCAGAUUAAAAGAGUCGUCCUUGUAGGUGCAAUUGCUGAGCUGUCAGGUCUCUUUGAUAGAACCGCAGAAAAGUGAAGAACCUUACCAUGAACGACUACUGAUAAUUUGCACCUUUGUGUAUCAUGUUUUGGUACACCAAUAAGUAUGAGAAAUGUGUUCUUGGUUUCCCAGAGCAUUUAUCCUGAAAGUUGAAUGAUGAAGAUGGCGACUGUAUGGUAAAUAGUUUAUUCCUGGCUGCAAAUCGUGAUGAAAGCUAAAUGAAAGUAGUUGCAGUAAAAUGCUGAUUAGGUGAGAAAGUCUGUAAAAUCAAGGUUAAGUAUUACUAUAUCAUCGUGGAUCUAGAUCU